AUGUCGAAUCCAGGCCAGCUCUCCUCCCUCCCAGGGAUCACCCGCUACGUUACCGGCCAUGACUCUGCAGGCAAAGCCAUCAUCCAGACCGAGAACCCAGCGGACUGGUCGUCCUAUGAGAAUAACUCCAUGGCCUUCACCGUGGCAUACACAACCUCCGAGUUCCCCGCCGACCUCAACAACGACGCCGAUAUUAAGAAGCACGAGGACCUCAAGGCGUCAGGAAAGUUGGGAUUGGUGAACCCCAACGGCACCGUCUGUCGCUUUGUCGACUUUGCGCCAAAGGGGCCACCGCUCAUGCACCGGACACAGAGCCUGGAUUACGGGAUUGUCCUUGAGGGGGAGAUUGAGAUGACUCUUGAUUCGGGAGAAAAGCGGUUGUUGAAGCGAGGUGAUAUGGCGGUGCAAAGGGCGACUAUGCAUGCUUGGCACAAUCCUAGCGAGACGGAGUGGACGCGUAUGGUCUUUGUGCUGCAGGAGUGCAAGCCGUUGGUUGUUGGCGGGGAGGAACUGGGAGAGGACUUGAGCCAGGCGACGACUUCCGAUAUCAAGCCGAGUCGUUGA